CCCUCACUCAGAACACUGCAAAGACCUCUACAGACAACAUCUGUCUUUGGAAAUGUGUGCCACAACGCUAUGCUACUGCAGGGAAGGGUUUUGUCUUUUUGUGAUAGGAAUCUAAUUUUCUUUUCACUGAGACAUUUAAUAAUAAUAAUUUAACACUUGGAAGAACCUCAAUAAUCUGUAUAUUUGUUUAGAAAAGUGAUGGCUGAUAACAACUCAUCGGCUGGUGGUGAGGUCUCACUUAAGCAGAUCAAUGACAAAGUCAUUAUUGUGCAGAUCCUGGUGAUUAUAUUUCUUUGCAUCAACCUUUUGCUCAUUGUAACCUUUUUCAGGAAGGAGUGCUUCUACACAACUGCACGCUACAUCUUAUUUGCUGUUACACUUCUGUCUGAUAGCUUUAUAUUGCUCAUGUCUAAUAUUCUGCUAAUAAUGAACCACUUUAAUUUUACUAUACAAGUUUGGUUAUGUAUCAUUAUCUCUGUUGUGGUACUUCUGUAUGUAAUAGUCACACCAGUUACUCUGACAGCAAUGACUCUGGAGCGCUUUGUGGCUAUUUGCAUGCCCCUGCGGCAUGCAGAGCUGUGCUCCACUCGCAGCACUAUACAUUGCAUCCUCAUCAUUCACGGCCUCAGCUCUGUACGCUGCAUUGUUAUUCUCUCUGCCUUCUUUGCAUCAGCAUCUCUUAGCGUGUACAAACAAUCCAAGGUAUGUUCUGUGGAGAUGUUCAUGUUGUACAGGUGGCACGAUCAUCUUAGGUCAGCUGUUAGUCAGUUUUACUUCUUGAUCAUGUGUAUCAUCAUUGUAUUCUCGUAUGUUAAAAUAAUGAAAGUGGCCAAAGCUGCAUCAGGAGAGAAUAAAAAGUCAACAUGGAAAGGGCUGAGAACAGUAAUUCUUCAUGGUUUCCAGCUGCUCCUCUGUCUCAUCCAGCUGUGGUGCCCAUUCAUAGAAACUGCUUUGUUUCAUAUUAAUUUAAGGUUAUUUAUGAAUGUCAGGUACUUUAACUACAUAUUCUUUCGUCUUACUCCAAGAUGUCUGAGUCCUCUUAUUUAUGGGCUCAGAGAUGAAAUUUUUUUUCGUGCACUGAAAAACUAUGCCUUCUCUGGAUUGUAGAAAAAACAUUCUUCAAGGUAGAGUAAUAAUUUACUAACAGACAAAUUGUACAAUGCACAAAUUAAAGAUAAUAUAUGUCUGAAUGCCUGAAUUAAUUUGUUCUUUUUAUAUUCAAUAUAGAAUCCAAAAUCGGAAAAUAAAAAUUUGCUUUUUUAUUUUAUGCCCAAAUUAAAAAUAAUGAGUCAUGGAUUUAAUUACAUUUUUGAUAAUUAAUCCCUCUGAUUUGUGUGACCAGGAAGGUAGGUUACUGACAUCUUUGUGAUGGCGCUACCUGAUGUAAUGAAUAUGAACUUGGACAUAAAUUUAAGUGUUGUGUUGUUUACAUUUUGGAAAAUUAAGUUGGCCCAAUUAACAAUUCUUUGCUGUGUACUAUUGGAUGCACUGACAACUAUCACUGAACUACUGUGAUAUUGAAGAUAUCAUAAAAACUGGAGGAUUCUCAAGUAAGUUCUGAAGUGUUCCUGUUCCUAUCCAAGUAUACGCAUACAGCAAGUUAGACUGUGUACUACCAAUCGAGCCUUGUUUUUUUAUUUUCCAAAAUAGAAAACAUGUAUGCUGAUGUUCAACUUCAAAUUCAUACCUUAAAUUAACUACCGCCAUGGCCCAAGUGAAUUUACUUCAUGUGAGUUUAUCAAGUGAAAAACACAAUGAGUCAGCAACUUCCUGGUCACACAAAUCGGCCACAUUAAAAAUCAAAAUCAAUUUCAAUCCGUGGCCAGUUUUCUUAAUUUCCUAUUUUGGAUUUGAGCAUAAAAUGUAAAGUGUGAAAAAUAAGUUGUUAUUUGUUUUUUUUUCUGUUGGAUUCAUAAAUUAACAACACAUUGUUGCUGUUGUUUGAUAUUUUUUGGGAGCUUUUGCCUUCAUUAGAUAGGACAGCUGCAGAGUGACAGGAAAGGGGGAAGAGAGAGAGAGGAUGACAUGCAGCAAAUGGCAACUGGUCAAACUCGGACCCUGUUAAGUUAUAUGUAAUAUAACAUAGGGGACACAGGAAAUGAUAUUUAACUUCUUCAUACAGUGUCCAAUAAUUAUUAAAUGUCAGUCAACCUCCAGUAAAUAUAUUGCUACUUUAAUAAUUUACUUUAAUUGCCCUACUGGCAACAGGAAGUGAAGCCUAGGUAACACAUAGUUAAUCACAUCUAUACAACAUUUCCAACAUGUCUUGCUCCAGCGCCACAUACUCCACACAGGAAAUAAUAUUUUAUUCAUUAACACAGUGUCUCAUACUACUGAAAAUUAUGAAAAUUCAUUUAACGCUGCUUGCCUCUUCAAUUGUUAAUUGUUUUUAAAGUUUUACAUUACUUAUAUUUUGUACUCAAAUUGCUUAGAUUCUGUAGUUUUUAUGGCUUCCUGUCUCAUUUAUUCUUUAGAAAUAUGUAUGAUUCAUAAACAGAAUUGCACCAUUUGAGGUUGAUGCCAUUGCAAUUUUGUUGUGCUUGCACAAUGACAAUAAAGUUCUUUAUUCAUGAA